AUGGCCCCGGCCCUCUGGCCGCGCCUCGGCCGCAUCCUCUGGCUCGCCUGCCUCCUGCCCUUGGCCCCGGCUUGGGCGGCCGCAGUCUUUGUCUUUGCGCUCCUAGGCCUGUAUGAACUCCGCCUCACCACUGAUGGCCCUGCCACCACCGGGGCAGAGGUGACCAUCACGGCCAGCCUGGUGGCCAGCGACAACGGCAGCCUGGUCCUGCCCGCCGACACCCACCUCUACCGCUUCCACUGGAUCCACACGCCUCUGCUGCUCACGGGGAAGACUGAUGAGGCUUUCAGCUCAAGCAUCCGAGUCGUGGGGAGUGUGCCUGGGGACUUCCCGGUCUCCGUGUGGGUCACCGCCGCCGACUGUUGGAUGUGCCAGCCUGUGUCAAAGAGCCUGCUUGUCCUCCCCAUCACAGAGUUCCUUGUGGGGAAUCUCGUCAUCACCCAGAACACCUCCCUGCCCUGGCCCGGCUCCUACCUCACCAAGACGAUCCUCAGAGUCUCCUUCCUCCUCCACGACCCGAGCAACUUCUUCAAGACCGCCUCGUUUCUCUACAGCUGGGACUUCGGAGAUGGCACCCUGCUGGUGACCGACGACCCUGUGGUCUAUUAUAACUAUUCGAUUGUGGGAACCUUCACCGUGAAGCUCAAAGUGGUGGCGGAGUGGGAGCAGGCCACACUGGACGCCGGGAAGGGCAUCAUGCAGAAGACGGGCGACUUCUCCACCUCGCUCAAGCUGCAGGAAACCCUUCGAGGCAUCCAGGUCUUGGGGCCCACCCUCAUUCAGACCUUCCAAAAGAUGACAGUGACCUUGAACUUCCUGGGGAGCCCGCCUCUGACCGUGUGCUGGCGUCUCAAACCCGAGUGCCUCCCAUUGGAGGAGGGAGAAUGCCACCCGGUGUCAGUGGCCAGCACGGCUUACAACCUGACCCACACCUUCAGGGACCCGGGGGACUAUUGCUUCAGCAUCCGGGCCGAGAAUGUCAUCAGCAAGACACAUCAGUACCACAGGAUCCAGGUGUGGCCUUCCAGCAUCCAGCCGGCUGUCUUUGCUUUCCCAUGUGCCACGCUUAUCACCAUGAUGCUGGCCUUCAUCAUGUACAUGACCCUGAGGAAUGCUGCUCAGCAGAAGGACAUGGUGGAGGUGGCUGAUUUUGACUUUUCCCCCAUGUCUGACAAGAACCCGGAGCCACCCGCUGGGGUCAGAUGCUGCUGCCAGAUGUGCUGCACACCCUUCUUGCUGGAGACCCCAUCGGAGUACCUGGAGGUUGUCCGCGAGAACCACGGGCUGCUGCCGCCCCUCUACAAGUCUGUCAAGACUUACACGGUGUGAGCGCCCCCCCGA